AUGCCAGAGACCGCCGGACUCCCCACCGUCCUCGCCGUCGGCACGGGCGAGUACACGACGGGCUUCGUCGGCAACUCGGAGUCGCCCUCGGACAAGAAGCUCGGCGUCGUCGGCCUCGUCAUGUUUGACCUACGCCGCCGCGGCCUCAUCGCCCCAGACUUCAAGAUGGUGGGCACCAACGGCGACAAGUUUGACGGCAUCCGCGAGCACUUCAAGAAGAACAUCGAGAGCCGCUACCGCGACAUGGACACCACCUUUAUCGGCUACCCGGCCAAGGGCAAGCGCGACCCGGACGCCUACAAGGAGGCGAUUGACUCGCUCAAGCCGGGCGACGCCAUCACCAUCUUUACGCCCGACUCGACGCACCACGCCAUCGCCAUGUACGCCCUCGAGCGCAAGAUCCACGUCCUCGUCACCAAGCCCGCCACCCAGACGCUGGCCCACCACAUCGACCUCGUCGAGACGGCGCGGCGCAACGACGUCCUCUGCAUGGUCGAGAUGCACAAGCGCUUCGACCCGGCCUACGCCGACGGCCGCGAGCGCGCCCGCGCCGACCUCGGCGACAUCCAGUUCUUCAGCAGCUACAUGAGCCAGCCAAAGACGCAGCUCGACACGUUCAAGGCGUGGAUCGGAAAGGAGAGCGACAUCUCCUACUACCUCAACUCGCACCACAUCGACAUCGCACUCUGGAUCGUCCAGAACCGCGCAGUGCCCCUCCGCGUCACGGCCUCGGCCUCCGAGGGCGUGGCGAGCGGCGAGCAGUUUGGAUGCCAGCGCGGCACCGAGGACACCAUCACCCUCCUCGUCGACUUUGGCAUCCUCGAGAGCGAAGGCAGCGACAAGCUCGCAGAGGGGAAGCGCGCCACGGGCGUCUUUACCGCCAGCUGGGCCGCACCCCUCGGCGCCGGCGUCCACAGCGAGCAGGGUUUCCACUACGUCGGAACCAAGGGCGAGCUGCGAGUGAACCAGGCACGACGCGGUUACAACCUGGUCGUCGAGAACCCCGCCAACGGGGUGACGGGCGGCGUCUCGUCGGACAUCAACCCCUUCUACAACCGGUACACGCCCGACGGUCUGGGCUACUUUGCAGGACAGCACGGCUACGGCUACAUUUCCCUCGAGAAUUUCGUGCGCGCCUGCACCGACAUCAACCGCGGCCAGCGCACCGCCGAGGAUUUCGAAAAGACGCUCCCCACCAUCCGCGACACGAUCCUCACCGCCGCCAUCCUCGAGGCGGGCCGAAAGAGCCUCGACGAGAAGCGCACCGUCGCCAUCCAGAGGGACGGCGAGCUCUGGAAGCUCGUUUAG